CUGCCAAGGGGCCAAGGGAUGAGCUGGGGCCCUCCUUCCCAAUGGCAUCUCCCCCUGGUCUGGAACUGAAGACACUGAGCAAUGGUCCCCAGGUCCCAAGGAGACCAGCUCCUCUGGGCCCCGCGGCCCCAUCCAGGGCAGGCGUGGAGAAUGCCGGCUUCUCCUUGGAGGAGCAUGAGACCCGUUUCCAAAACCCCAGGGAUGCCAGACCGGACAGCUCCCCCAGUCCUCUGGGGGGCGUCCCCUCACUGCCCCGGUCCCAGCGGGACGACCUGUCCCUGCGUUCAGAGGAGGGGCCGGGCCUGGAGCCGGUGAGCCGCCCUGUGGAUUAUGGCUUCGUUUCGGCCCUGGUUUUCCUGGUGACUGGGAUCCUCCUAGUGGUGACAGCCUACGCCAUCCCCCGCGAGGCCCGCGUCAACCCGGACACGGUGACGGCGAGGGAGAUGGAGCGGCUGGAGAUGUACUACGCCCGCCUGGGCUCCCACCUGGACAAGUGCAUCAUCGCGGGCCUGGGGCUGCUCACGGUGGGCGGCAUGCUGCUCUCCGCGCUGCUCAUGGUCUCCCUGUGCAAGGGAGAGCUGUACCGCCGGCGGGCCCUGGUCCCCGGCAGGGGCUCCCGGAAGACUUACGGCUCCAUCAACCUGCGCAUGAGACAGCUCAAUGGCGACGGGGGCCAGGCCCUGGUGGAGAACGAGGUGGUCCAGGUGUCAGAGCCCAGCCACGCCCUCCAGGGGUCUUAAGGAAGAGCCCCUCCUUUCCGGCUGCCUUAGCUCCGGGCUCCG